AUAUGCGCAAUUUGCAGCUAGGAAAGACAAUGCCAUAUUGUUUAUACGUUUCAGUUGAUAUUUUCUGGCAGAAGGACUAAUUAUAUCCAAGUUAGCCAGGCUAGAAUCGAGAGCACAAAAAGAUUGAGGCAGUUUAGCGCGAGCUGCUCGCGAGACAGCGGCUUCAGUCACGGACUGAAAUAAGACCGUUAACAGCAGAUGCCUGCUUUUAAACAGAAACAACUACAGGAACUGCGGAGGCACGUGUUGUUUAUUUAACUUGCAAUGAGAGGCAGGGAUAAGCAGCAGGAGGGCUGAAUGUACCGUUAUUUGUGUCGGAAAUAACUGUCAUUAUGUGAGCAAGUUGACUUAUUUGGGUGUUACUGUACCUCUCUACCGAAGACCACUGGAAGGUGUGUGAGAAGAAACCUGCUGACCCUGCAACUCAUUCAUCAGGGACUUUGUCCUCUACUCAGAAACACUGUCAUAGCUUCAUAUCCCAGCUGUAGCCAGUCUACUCCUGAUUUCUAUUUCUCUUACAAUGCACCUUUGAAGUACAUCUCUCCAUGCUCUGAUCUCAUAUUGGUGAACCCGGCACAGGCCUGUAGGAAAGACAGCAGGUGUUUCUGAAUGCUGUACAAGUGCUUGUGGUUGUUGGGAAAAAGCUGCAGAACCAUGUGUGUCCAAUGGGCAGUGUUGACGAUUGGCCUAGUCCACUGCAUGAGUGGACAGUAGGAGGACGGCAAAACAGUGGUCUCAUGUCAUGGAAGGGGUCGUUGCAGUUGCAGUACAUACAGAGGGCUUAAAUGGUUUACCGCAAGAAUGUAAACAGACAGAAGAUCUAACCAAUGGACGCUCCAAAUGCACAACUAUACUGAAUGGACUCAAUCCAGGUAAUGGCAUCAAAGAAAAUGGCAAUAUCAAUGGCAUCCCUUAUCUCAGAACUGUCCCGAUCUCAGCCCUAAAACAGAAUGGCCUUUUACAGUCACUGGCAGCAGGAGGCAAUCAGACUAAAACAGAAGAGGUGAGCUCGGAGGUGGAGCGAGCACAAGAGGAGUGGGAUGCCCUGGAGAGCAUCCAACCAGUUCUUGCUGAGGAUCUCACUCCCUCACCGCUGAUCUCAUUCAACGAGGCACUGCAGCAUUUUCAGACAACUGAUCUCGGAGACCUGCUUAAGAACAUUCAGCCCACCAUUCGCAGGUCUGGAUUUGCUGCCAUCACCCACUUCCUGUUUGGUCCUCCCCGGCUACAUAAAGCGCUAGUAGAGGAGAGAGAUCUAGUGUUUGCCAUUGCACAGUGUUCUCUGGAUAAUGGACAGUCAGUGCACAUGCGUGUACUCCAAACCAUCUACAGAAAACUGACCUGCACCCGUGCAGACUGCCCUCGUUAUGGACCACACUGGGAGAACGUGGGCUUCCAAGGUUCAGACCCUGCCACAGAUCUAAGGGGAACAGGUUUUCUGGGCCUGAUGCACACUCUCUACUUUGUCAUGGACCCAGAGAUACUACCGCUGGCUAGAGACAUCUACAAACUCUCUCAACAUCCAGUCCAGAAUUUUCCAUUCAGUGUGAUGUCCAUCAACAUGACCAGAAUUGCCCUGCAUGCUCUCAGGGAGGAGGUGCUGUCCAAGGAGUGUAAUCGAAGGCAACAGGUCGUGGCAGUGCUGAAUGAUUUUUAUGUUGCGAUGUUCCUGCACCUCUACCAGCUGUGGAAGAGCCAGCAGAAAACAAUCUCUGACUCUGGCCAUGUACUGAAAGAAGUGGAGCUCUUAGCCAAGAAGAACCCCAAGCAGAUUCUUAAACGUCUCGAGGGCUACCUGAAAGAGAGACGUGCUGGGACAGGACACCGAACAUCACCUGACAUGCUGUCGCAUAGCAACCCUUCACCUGGUGACAGUGGGUCUCGAGCGGGGAGUCAGGGUGGGAAGGAGGGGAAAGAGAUUAACUUUACUGGUGUCUGUGAGCUUCCCCCCGAGAUGGAGGGAGAGGCCAGACUCAUCUGAGAGACCAAGAGAAAGAGAGAUGAGAGGCACUUAAAGGCAUAGUUCACCCUAAAGUUAAAAAACAUUUGGAAAAAUGUUUUUCCAAGCCCUUUGACUGACUUUCCUCUGUGGAACACAAAAGGAAAUGUUUGAGAGACUGUUAGUCUCAGCUACCAUUCACUUUCAUUGCAUCUUUUGUUUUUUUCUUCCAGAUAAUUAAAGUGAAUGGUAACUGAGGUGACUAUUCUGCUGUCUCCUUUAGUCUGUCUUUUGUGAAGAAAGUCAUACAGGUUUGAAACAACAUGAGGGUAAAGUAUAACCAUUUUUGGGUGAACUAUCUUUUAAAGAACAUGUGUUUGAAUGGGAAUUUGAUUUGUACAGUCUCGACUAGUAUCUCUCUUGCUCUAACUCUGUCUUUCUCUCUGUUUCUUCAUUUAUUUUCUGUCUAUUCAUGCUUAAGCACACUCAGCGACAAGUCUAUGUUUUAACUGUAGUAUCAGAUAAAAUCAUAAUACUCUUUGUUGUUUUUAUUUUCAGUAAGGGUACCUAUUAGCCCUUCAAAUCUUUCUUUGAAAAAAGCCAAUAAUUUUAGUUGCCAAACACAAGAGUUAAAGGAAUUGUUCACCCAAAAAUGACAAUUCUCAUUAUGUACGCACUCUCAUGCCAUCCCAGAUGUGUAUGAAUUUCUUUCUUCUGCUG